UGGAUCCAGUGGAAAUCCCGAGGGUGAUACAUUCGCGUGUAGUAUGUUCGCCACGCGCGGACUUUGACGGUCGAGAGCCCGAUGGACCAGAGCGUGAUCGUGCCUCGUAACUCUGGCGUCGUCGACAGCGUACGCUUGACCAUGAAGAACGAGUCCGAUGCCAGCAACCUGCACCAGCAACAAGAACAGACGGUGGCCGCGCGAUCGACGGUAUUGCCGAUGAGUGCAGGUAGUCUGGCCCAGGAGACAAGCUUAGAGCCGCUGAUGUGCAAUCCGACGAGUAGCGAGAUGCAGGCGAGGAAACCCGGCGCGCGACGCCAGGAGAAACCGCCGUAUUCGUACAUCGCGCUGAUCGUGAUGGCGAUCCAGUCGAGUCCGGGCAAGAGACUGACCCUCUCGGAAAUCUAUUCAUUUUUGCAGCAGCGUUUCCCUUUCUUCCGUGGCACUUAUCAGGGCUGGAAGAACUCGGUGCGGCACAAUCUCAGUCUGAACGAGUGCUUCAUCAAGCUGCCCAAGGGUUUGGGACGGCCCGGCAAAGGUCACUACUGGACCAUCGAUCCGUCCACCGAGUACAUGUUCGAGGAGGGCAGCUUUCGGCGGCGACCACGCGGCUUUCGGCGCAAGUGUCAGGCGAUGAAGCCGCAGUAUCCGCAAUAUUAUUCGAGCGCCGCACCCGGAGUCGGGGUGCAGACGCCUGGUGGUCCCUAUCUAGCCGGCGAGAAUCUAGCCGGCGGACCUGGUGGCAUCGAAUACGCGAACGGCUACCAGAAUCAGUACCAGAACUACCAGGAGUACGCCAUGUACGCGCCGAGUGCGGCGGUGCCCGCCGAUUGGGCAUAUCCGGAGGGGGGUACGGCGACGUACAAGUCUGCUGGGCCGCCGAUAGCCGAGGUCACUUACAAGACCACCGAAGUCACGUAUAAGACCGGCGGCGAGCCAACGCCGUCAUCGGUCUACAGGAACGGUGAGUUAGUGACGUUCAAGAGCGAGCCUGGAGCUUUCGGAGCUGCUCGCCAGGAUCAGCUGACGGCGUACAGGCCGCCGCCGCCGCCGCCGCCGCCGCCGACCGACGGAUUCUCCUCGACGAUGAAGGAUCAUCAUCCGCAGCAUCACUCGCACGACUACAAGGACGAGGCUACGAUGAUGGGCUACAAGUGUGCCAACUCGACACCUACCACUCAAGCGCCUGGACAAGAUUAUUACGUCGGUUAUGGCCUCGCGGGGGUCAACAAUGCUGCCGGACACGGUGUUAACAUCACCAUGCAAUCUAUGCAGGAGCAACCGGGGAACAGCAGCCCUGUGACCAAUGUCAGUUCGCCACACAGUGGAUGUCCCACUCCGGCCGCGGAUCACGGAAUAAAAAUGCAGUGCACCAAUUCCAACUCUAGUUCGAACAGUUCUGGCGGCGGCAUCAUUGAUCGGAAACCAUCCUAUUUCGCGCAUCCGGGAAGCUCAGUGACAUUGAGUUCUCUAGGUUCACUAGGUUCGUUAAAUCUGAGUAACAUCGGUGGUCUGAGCAUAUCCAACAUACCUGGCACAGUUUCUACGAACAUUCAUCACGCGUCGACAUCUCCACCCACGACAAUGUACUACGAUCAGAUCAAGUACAGUAUGUGAAGGUAU